UCAGGACGGCGGUGGUUUAUUUCGCUACCGUGUCUGGAAGUUGCGUUUGUUUUGGUACUCCAUUGAUGGACUUAUACUGAAAUAUCUCCUUUUGCUUCUGAUAUUGCUUUUGGGAAAUUCGGAACGCCAUGCCAACGCUGACGACCCCACCUUUACGAGAUCAGCAAGUGACGUCAUCUUUCGCUGAGACUCUGAGCACUGUCCUCCUCAACGACGGAACGGGGACUUGUCAUGAGGAUGCGGAUGAUGUCACCGAUGACGUUACCAAUUGCAAUCUAGAGUCAUCGUCCUCAUCGUCGUCAUCGUCGACGAAGGUCAAGACGUCCCGCUCGAGAAAACGAGAAAAGGGCCUCGACGAAAACGGGGAGAAACCACCACCGAAGAAACGCGGCCCGAAGAAGAAGAAAAUGACCAAAGCCAGGGCCCAGAAAUUCAAACUUCGACGUUUGAAAGCGAACACCAGGGAGCGGAACCGGAUGCACGGGCUCAACGACGCGCUGGACCGACUGCGAACGGUGGUCCCCUGUUACUCCAAGACCCAGAAGCUCUCAAAGAUCGAGACCCUCCGACUAGCGAAAAAUUACAUCACUGCCUUGGCGGACAUUCUGAGAACAGGCUCGGUUCCGGAUACUGUGUCCUUUGCGCAGACUCUGUCCAAGGGCCUUUCGCAGCCCACGACGAACCUCGUAGCGGGCGCUAUGCAACUAAACCCGCGCACCCUGCUACCCGAAGACAACCGGAACACUUACGGCGUCUGGCCAAAGAGGGCGCCCUACGAGUCGUCUUACUUUGAUCCCACUGACUGUGGCUUCGCUGACCAAGUCGGCAACUCGGCAGUCGACGAAAACUACAACACGGCCAACUUUUCCGGUCCGGACAUCACAAGACUGCAGCAGGAUGAAGUCAUGUACGGGGAAAUGUCAAAUGGCUACGGCCGCCAUUUUGAAGGCACGCCCAUCAACAACACCCAGCUGCCGCGAAAUGCAAAUUACCAAUGCCAGUACACCACUACCAACCAAAACCACCAGCUCCUGCAACAACACCCCCAUGCCCGAAUGGACUGUGCUAAUGAACCAUUGGCGGAUGAUCUUUUUACAUCACUUGGAUAUACUUCACAGAAUACCCGGAUGUACGCCUACGGCAGUCCGGUUGGGGCCGCUGGAAGUGGCGCACAGGGGGGCAAUAUGGGUAACAUUUAUUCCCCCGGUGGGGAUCAAUACGUGUCAUCGACAAUUUGUGACAAGGACUUGGAUAUAUUAGGAUGCGGAAACAAUAUUUUUCAUUGAUAAAUAUUUGUAAAUCAGAAUAACGACUGUUACAACUCCAACCAAUUUACCAUACCUUUAAUUUGUCAUUUUUGCUUUUCAGCUGUUGAUAGACUAUGUUCCCUGAUUAAUUAAUCACGAGAAAAAUGCACAGGAACUUCUAAACCAAAUUCAAAUAAUUGGAAGCUUUUUGCGUAAAAGCGUCCCUACGGCAGUAAAGAUUAAAUUAAAUUUUCUGUGUUCGUAAGCAAUUUGUUUCAGAUUAAAUUCCAAUUGAAAAGAACUUUACCUUUGUUCUUGCCAUGCACACGCAAAAUCAACCACACAAAUCCCACCGACUAAACUUCCUAAAAGUUAAUACAAACAGCGCCCCCAUGAUACGGAAGUUGAGUAAGCCCAAUUGCACAAGGAGAUCUUUUCUGAUCUUACCAUUUUUUAACUUUACGGUGAACUCAUUCCGCUGCCAAGUCUGUUUUUAUCGAAUUGUAAAUAUUGUAUUUUUUAAGAAACAAGCAGAUAUUUUGUAUAUAUUUUCCUUAUAAUACGAGGGCAUUCCGGUUAGUUUGAAAAUAGAACAGGAGUUCAGAACAAGUGGGUUUUCGAAAUGCGGUUAAUUUUUUUUUUCGUUCCUUUCAUUGCCUCUAUUGACCGAAGUGCAAUAUUUUACAGUACGUUAUAAGAAAUACCGACAAGAGUAUAAUUAAUUAAAGGGCAAUUCUUAAGUUGAAACAGUGUGCUUUUUCAGAAGUUUAAAGUGAAUGCGUCACUGAUUCGACUUCAACACAAGUAUCACCAUGCUUGAAACCAUGCUUCAAAAGUUUCCAUCGUUUCUAUGAUUAAAGGAAUGAGAUUUCAGGCUUACAGAAUUUUACCAAAAUAAAUAAGACGACGGGUAUUGGCCUUUGGCAAGCUGCAGGCAAAAUA